GAGUAACCCGCUUAAAAUAUUUUUAAAUAUGUUAUGGUUGGUGGUUGGGUGACAAGCUGAUCAUAUAAUUGAUACCAUAUUGAGACAGCAGAUGGUCAUAUGUUUUCGUCAAUUUAAACUACCGUGCAUUAACAGCAAUAUUAUGUGCUCAUCUGCUAGCCACUUCGCUAAAUAAAUCAAUUGCUCUAUAAUAUAGAUACCACAUAUAAACUGAUCGCUACUUCAUACAAAUAUUUGUCGAUCGCGAUCGACACAAUAGGAGAGAUAGCAAAUAAUUCCAACAUUAUCACUCCGUGACCCGUUGUUAGAAUACAAGUACUUGAAAUAAGUACCUAAGCUAGAUAAAAAUAUGUCAAUAAUAAAUCAAUGACAGAUUUAAAAAGUUUGAAUGCCCCUCCUGGCACUGGCCGUGACAAAAUUAUGGAGAUGAGAGCGCGGCUUAUCUCACUAUUCAGAAACAUAGCCUCAGCAUUCUCACUACCCAGCGGGAAACCAACCGCACCACUCGCUCUGACCGGUCCGCGGUCACAACACAAGUUUCACAACCGGCUGACGCGACGAAUAAAAACUUAGGAAAUUCACUGUUUUUCACUCGGAAGUGCAACUGACGACCAUGAAGGCUCUGCUAUGUUUUGUGGCGAUCUCGGUGGGUUUAGCGCAAGCUGAUAUGGGUGGCGAAUGCGACCUAGCCAUGUUCUAUCUGGAGCUGGGCUGCACGGCGGCCCAGCAAACAGACAGCGCUGCCGGGUGUCCGCAGGCCUUCACCUGCCCCGACCUGCACCCUGACCCUACCAAGUGCUAUUACAGAGGCGUCGCAUAUUCCAACAACGACAUGCUGCCCCAGAACCUGAUCAAGAACCCGUGCUCGCAGCGUUGCACGUGCCAAGUCUCAGACGAGCCGCGCUUCGAGUGCGCAGCUGUGGACUGCGUGGAGAGCUUCGACUCCGACCUGCAGCAGUGCGUGUCUACAUACGAGCUGGACUCCUGCUGCAGCGUGGGCAACGUGUGCGGUAAAGACGCCAUCGCGAAGCUAGCGACAUGCGAGCUCGACGGCAAAACAUAUCGCGAGGGCGAGUCGUUCGAGCCCGCGGGCUCCAUGAAGAGCUGCAUCUGCACUCCUCAGUGGAACGGCACCCUUAGCUCCAGCUAUUGCCGUGACAUAAACUGCGGCGUCGAGAUACACUACCAGAAGAACCUGCUGGACAACUGCGCGCCGAUCUUCUUCAAGAACCGACGGAGUUGCCCCAUUGGUUUCAAAUGCCCGUCACCGGAUACUAAAGUGGUCCGCGGCCUGAACCUGAAGGCGGUGAGCGCGCAGUGCCAGUUCGGGAACGAGACGCUCUCCGUCGGGGAUGAGGUCAUGGUGGACGAGAAAGGCACGCGCUGCGCCUGCGAGGUGCCUCCCUUCGUCUCCUGCACUCAGAAGAGCAGCUGCUGUUAAACUAUAACCUAGUGGAAAUGUGAAGAUAAGCUACGAAGUGAAUGGCAACUAGGGGGGUGCUACAUGAAACAGAGUACAGUCUGACGAAAACGAGUAGAAAUUAAAAAGUGGCAACAUCGUAGUGUCGUCCCGUUUUCACACACAUAAUGAUUUGAAAAGGGAUGACACUACAAUGUUGCCACUUUUUAAUUUCUACUAUUUUUGGUCAGACUAUAUCUGCAGUUAAACAACCAAUAUCCCCAAUAAUACUUAUUACCUAUAUGGCUCCCCUCCCCCAGGAGUCUUAGGUAAGUAGUGUAUGGCACUUAGAAUCCCAGAGCCCUUUAAAAUUUAAUGAAGCUCUAUUCUCCAUCUCAAAACCAUGGCCAAAUAGCUCGGUCCGUGGGAUACGGUCCGACGUCCAUCUACUUAUCCUGUCCCGCUGCGGACGAGAUGACAUGAUGAUGUGU